AUGAGCUCCCACCAGCAGAAGCAGCCGUGCGCCGCACCCCCCCAGCUGCACCAGCAGCAGGUGAAACAGCCGUGCCAGCCUCCACCCCAGGAGCCAUGCGUCCCCAAAACCAAGGAGCCUUGUGACACAAAGCUUCCUGAACCUUGCCACCCCAAGGCACCUGAGCCCUGCCACCCCGUCGUUCCUGGACCUUGCCCUUCGACGGUCACUCCAGCACCCGCUCAGCAGAAAACCACGCAGAAGUAA